AUGCCUCGCUUUCGGCACAGAUCGACUUCCUGUGGUUCCAUUUCAGAAUAUCCAAACCAUCAUCAUCCAACAAACAAUAACAACCCAGCAACAACUUACGAUGCAAAUGAUUUAGAGGCUGCCAGGACGGUUCUGCGGAGCACCCUUUCGAUAAGGGAUUCCUCUGGAAAAUCAUUUCUACACUCUGAUUACAAUUUGAUGAUGGCCAAAGCACUUCUUGAUAGAUGCCGAACCUUGGAUGCUCUGGAGGAGGAUCAAUCUAUUCAGCACUGGCAACGAAGAUGUUUGACACUAGUAGAUAAAGAGAGUGGAUAUACUCCAUUGCAUUCCGCCAUUGUCAACCGGAAUUUGGCUGGCAUUCUUCUAUUCUUAAGGCAUGCUACGGAUGUUCAUGAAAGCGGCAGAUUGACAGUUGCCCCAAUGGGAGCUCUGCAUAUGAUAGCGGAAUCACUCGGUAACAACGCGAAUGAUUUGAUGGAAUUCAUUGCGACUGCUCGAGAUAAUGAAGGGUUAAGCCCUCUAGAACUGAUUGGAAUGAUUCAGAGAAAUGAAUUGGCGGAAUGUCGGAGCAAGCUACUGUACACACCUAAGGUUCUCUCGUCUAAUCGAUCUGGACGGCAGCGGCAAUUGAGCUUUGAUCAUGAGCAAUAUCAAGAGAACGAAGAACUUGGCUUGUUGGCGGAUCACAUAGAUCUCCUGGAAAUGGAGGAAGAGGCUAUUGGCAAAUCUGAUGAGUGCUCGUAUGCAUGUGAGGUCGUCACCUUUGGUAGGCCGCACCACGAUGCUCUGGGAGUUGUCUCAUCCUCCUCGAAGGAAGGGAAUAUACAUGCUUCGACAUUUCGACCACAAAGAGUACAAGAGUUUGCUCAAGAUGCCAUUGGGAGAGAUGGAUCAGCUAUCGCUGUCGCUGCAGCUACCCACCACACUCUGGUCGCCACCAAGCAGGGUCAUCUGUACGCUUUUGGUCUUGGAAAGGGUGGUAGACUGGGGAUUGGGGAUGAUCAAGUACAGCAAUGUCCAUUGCCCCGGCGUGUUCGUGGUCCUUUGAAUCGCCAAAGUGUGGUUGGUGUGGCGGCAGCCGAGAAUCAUUCCCUUUGUGUCACCAAAAGUGGCAUUGUGUUUGCUUGGGGAUCCAACCGGUUCGGUCAACUAGGCUCUGUGGAUCCAAAGGCUUCGGUCCCUUCUUCCCCGUCGCCAUCCAAGAACACUGGUAGUAAUGGUAGCUUUCGAUAUCUUCCGAGAAGGGUCGAGGAUUUGAAAGCCGUCCAAUGCAUCGCUGUUGCAGCGGGAGAAAAGCAUUCCGUUGCCUUGUCGCAACAAGGAGAAGUCUAUGUUUGGGGUGACAAUACUUCUGGCCAGCUAGGAGUUGCACGUCGAACAGGAAUUCAAAAGGUCCAACGAGUAGAGGCACUUUGGAAUAGUACGCCAAAAAAAAUCGGUAUCGCUGUCUCGGCUGCGGAACAAUCAACACUUGUUCUUACAAAUCCAGUUCAAGGAUUCGCUCAAGUUAAUUCCAUUUUUGGAUGGGGGCAUGGAAAUUCAGUUCCAAGCCGAGUCAAUUUCGAUAAUUCUGGGAGGCAGGGACAUGGAUCAUUGUCAUCAAAUUCUAGUCAUGUGGUGAAUCCAGUUGCAAUUGCAUGUGCCAAGUUUCACUGCUCUGCAAUUACGAGUGAUGGAGAUGUUUACACCUGGGGCCUUCACGCGGAAUCAUUGGGACGGUCGAACAAAACGCAAAAUUCGAAUUCAUCAGGGGCACGGGCGACUUCAUCACCUCAGCUUGUUACUGGAAUGCUGGCUGAAAAUGGCGGUGGCAAAGUAGUUGCGCUCUCUGCCUCUGAUCACCACACAGCCGUCGUCACUGAUUGUGGUGCACUUUUCACUUGGGGCACAACGCAUGGCAAAAAUGUGUUGGGCCACGAGGGCGUCCGGUAUCAACCGAAUCCAAAAAGAGUGCCAGGAGUGCAUAGAGCUGUCGGAGUUGCAGUGGCAAAGGAGCACACCGUAUUGCUGAUUGGCGCUAGCCACCCACCGGUUCCAGAGCUAAAAAGUUUGCAAAGUCUCGAAGAAUUAGCGGCACGGAAAGUUGUGGAGCAUGUGGACCUCUUCAAUGUCAUUCCAAUCCUAAUCAUGGCAGAACGAACAGAGUGUGACUUCUUGAUCGAUUAUUGUUCUGAGUUUGUUGAUCGCAACAUUGACGGUGUCUUGAACGUUGCCAAGAAAGGAGAAUUGAAUCAGUACUUGAAUGAUAUGCUAGCAGAUGGUCUGCAUCGAUCGGGAAGGCGUUAUCGUGAUGAUCACCACCACCCAUUCAUUGCAGAUGCUUUGACAGCUGGAAAUCACGAAAGGCCAUCAUUUGAUCUUACCUGGUUGUCCAGUCUAGAGAAGUGGACUACGAACUGCACAGAAUUGCUCACUGCGUCAAAUGUUCGCAAUCUUGUUGCUGCACUCAAUGCAGCCGAGGAAGAAGGCACGUGGAACAAGCGUUCCAACCGACAUCGACGAGCAUCGUCCUGUGUAAGCGAUAGCGAAGCUUCAGGGCGAAGCCGAUCAAUGUCCAUCUUGAGCGAUGCCGAUCUAGUUGACACCACGAAGACUUCUUCCGAACGGCACGAAGGUGUUUUGGAUCAAUGCAUCAGGAAAACGGCGAAUAUGGACCUUUCCACCUUGACCAUGGCGGAAAAGAACUCCAUUUGGCUGAACAAAGAAAUUCGGUCUGUUCGAAAGAAACUUUCCCAGACCAAAAAGUUGCAAGAACGUUCUACUGCACUUACAACAGCAGAACAGGCGAAGGUCGAUCGUGCUCCAACAUUGGAGACGCAGCUGUCUGUUUACCAGAGUGCUCUUCUCGAGGUCCAGUCGAAGCUGGAAGAACUUUGCUCAGAAGAUACUGCAGAAAAUGAAGUCGAGAAACUUUUACGUAGCUCCAAGGAAAAGGCUACAAUUGACCAGAGCAAACCAGAGCUGAAAAAUGCGCUAGCCCAAAAAACGGAUAAGACGUCGGCGUCUGAUGAUAGUAAUGACGUUGCAGCGGUUAGUGAAGCACCUGUCAAGUCAUUCUUCUGCGAAUUGUGCGGUAUCAGGUGUCCCGAUCAAACCAGCUUUGAACUGCAUAAGAAUGGCAGAAAGCAUAGAAACCGAGUUGCACAAGCAGCUGAAGAAGAAAAGGCUAUGGUCACAUCAAAGAUAAUGGAGCAGCAGCGCCGUGAUCAGCUCUUCAAGUCAGAAGAAACAUUGCGUCCUGCCAGCGUGAGUUCACCAAUCAAGAAGGCAUGGGGAGCUCCAAGUGCGCAGCCGAAGUACACCCUUCCGCCACCACCACACCCAACUGUGGCCCAUGUUGUUGCUCCGUCAAGUCCGUGGAAUAGCAGUCCCCGAAACGUCCCAGCCUCAAAGGCGGCAAUGCCGAAGCCUAAGAAUCUCAUGGGGAAUAUUGGAUUCACAAAGGUGGCAAAGAAGCAACUAAAGGCAUCGACGGCUCCAAAGCCUUUCAAUCCAAAAGAUUUGACAGUAAUGAACAAUUCUCCAAUGUGGCACACGAAACCGGGAUCUUCGCAAUGUGUCCCGACCGAGAUUUACUCGGCAGCAUCGUUACCUGUUGCAGGUAGCCCCUCAGCCGGCAAUGCAUUCUCAUUGUCAGAUUUUCUCACCCCAACAAAACAAAAUAGCGAGGCAAGUCAGAAAUCAUGGUCCAGCCCCACUGCAAAGGGAGCGACUAAGAAGUCUUUGGCUGAAAUCCAAGCCGAAGAGCAACGGUUCAACACUAGACAAGACCGGGCGUAUGAACAAGGAGGCGGUUCGUGGUUCCUUGAAAGAAAGGAGCGCGCUAAUUCUCUUCUAGAGAUCCAAAACACUGCAAUAGAAGAGCAAGAGAGAUUGGACUUCAUUGAAGAGCAAAAGAGAAUCGAGGAACAGAUACGGACGGAUCUCGCGCAACAAAAGCAGAAGCAACAGAAUAGACGUAAUGGACAAAGGAAGAAGAAUCCGGAUAAAAAGUCUCCAACUGGAAAACCAGGUGGAGAUCUACGGAAAAAUAAUGGACAAAAGAAACGGGGCCAAAAGGGAAACAACGAGCAGGCUGGGGCUGGAAAUAGAAAACAAGGUCAGAAACCUGCUGGAAACAGAAGAGGAAAGAAACAAUCACCUGUUAAAGACGAUGCGAAGAAGUAA